AUGAAGUGGCUCACUCUCGUUCUUACCUCGGCUGCCGUGGUCGCUGCCUCGCCUAUCGCUUCUUUGUCUUCCAUCUCGCCAACUGGACCAUGCCCUCAGUCCAAGAUCGAUGCCAUCCUCAGUGGCGAAAUGGAUGCCUCCGAGUGUUGCUCCUAUGGAAGAUGCAAGGGCGAUGUGGUCGUUUCGGUUGGCUGA